CCCGAGUCACUUGGGUCCUCCUGGUUGCGUUUGCCUCUUGGCAACGGAGUAAAAUGGGCUUCUCUGCAGUCUCUUGUUUUUUCCACUUGGCUGGGGUGGUGGGCUGCGGUGAAGAGGAAGCUAGAUCUGGGGCAGCUGCCUGGCGACGACUGCUCUGCACCCUCAGAGUUCAGGCUCCCCUGUUUUCAGGUGGAGACGGAGCCUCGGUGGUCCCUCGGCUGGACCUCGCAGGCACCAACUAGGCUGCCCUCGGGCCCGCAGCGGGAGCCCACCGCACUGCGCGCAGGAAGGGGUUAAGGUGGCACACUCUAGCGGUCCGGCGGCUGCGGGCUCCGGUCAGCGGAGCAGAUUCCGGCGGGAGCGCGCCCGGCGGAAUCCCGGCUGGAGCCCGGGGCGAUGGGAUAGGGCCCAGACCCCUCCUGGGCUCUGGGGCCGGCAGGAUUGGGUCGGCGGGGGACUAGCCCGGAAGCCAGCUUUCUCUAGGCUCCCCCUCUCUGUGAAGCCAAUCGCCUCGCAGUCAGGCAGCUAGAGCGUUCGUUCUGUGCUUCCCUGCUGAGAUGUGAGGGAUUUUCUCUCGGGAAGAAAUCAGUGGUCGAGUGCCUGCCCAGCUCAAAUGCCAUCCAGCCCAGAGCAAGGUCUGAGGCCCAGGGAUCCCGGAGGGAGAGCAACGUCACACCUCCUGAGGACAGCCAGGAGGACUCUGGCUUUUGCUGAGCUGUGCAUCUUACCUCCUUCCUUCCAAAGGCUUCAGACCCAAGCUCCACUCUCCUCAAGUCGUGCGCUGUGCCCCUGGCUAAGCAUCUCACUGUCCCUCAAGCCCCAUCCAGUCCUAGAGCACACCUCGAGGACCUGCCCUCCUGCUCAGAAUGACUCACCAUUAUUUCCAGCUCAAGUGAGAAGAUGUGACGGGGACUGAGCUGCCUAUUUGUGUAUCUGUGGCAUCAGAUCUGCUCUUCAAGGAAGAGAACCUCAGGCUCCUGCCUGGCCAGCCAAAGGAGGCUGUGACUCCAACUCACAGAAGGCUCUGGGUCUUUCCUACAGGAGCGCAGACUAAUGCUUCUGUGUUUCCUGGGGCCCAGUUACCAGCACCCUGAGUUCCCUGCUGCAGGCAGCUGGAAGGCAUAAAAUAAAGCACACUCCUCAGCCCCAAUUAUGACAGUGGCUACCGGAGACCCAGUGGAUGAGGCUGCUGCCCUCCCUGGGCACCCUCAAGACACCUAUGACCCAGAGGCAGACCACGAGUGCUGUGAGAGAGUGGUGAUUAACAUCUCAGGCCUGCGGUUCGAGACUCAGCUAAAGACCUUAGCCCAGUUCCCAGAGACCCUCUUAGGAGACCCCAAGAAACGGAUGAGGUACUUUGAUCCCCUCCGAAAUGAGUACUUUUUUGAUCGCAACCGCCCUAGCUUUGAUGCCAUUUUGUACUACUACCAGUCUGGGGGCAGGUUGAGGCGACCUGUGAAUGUGCCCUUAGAUAUCUUCUCUGAAGAAAUCCGGUUUUAUGAGCUAGGAGAAGAGGCAAUGGAGAUGUUUCGGGAGGAUGAAGGCUACAUCAAGGAAGAAGAACGUCCCCUGCCUGAAAAUGAGUUUCAGAGACAGGUGUGGCUUCUCUUUGAAUACCCUGAGAGCUCAGGGCCGGCCAGGAUCAUAGCCAUUGUAUCUGUGAUGGUCAUUCUGAUCUCGAUCGUCAGCUUCUGUCUGGAAACCUUGCCCAUCUUCCGGGAUGAGAACGAGGACAUGCAUGGUGGUGGGGUGACCUUCCACACCUAUUCCAACAGCACCAUUGGGUACCAGCAGUCCACCUCCUUCACCGACCCUUUCUUCAUCGUAGAGACUCUCUGCAUCAUCUGGUUCUCCUUUGAGUUUCUGGUUAGAUUCUUUGCCUGUCCCAGCAAAGCUGGCUUCUUCACCAACAUCAUGAACAUCAUUGACAUUGUGGCUAUCAUCCCUUACUUUAUCACCCUGGGGACAGAGUUAGCUGAGAAGCCAGAGGACGCCCAGCAAGGCCAGCAGGCCAUGUCACUGGCCAUUCUCCGUGUCAUCCGGUUGGUAAGAGUCUUUAGGAUUUUCAAGUUGUCCAGACACUCCAAAGGUCUGCAGAUUCUAGGUCAGACCCUCAAAGCCAGCAUGAGGGAAUUGGGCCUCCUGAUAUUCUUCCUCUUCAUUGGGGUCAUCCUCUUCUCUAGUGCUGUCUAUUUUGCAGAAGCUGAUGAGCGAGAUUCCCAGUUCCCCAGCAUCCCGGAUGCCUUCUGGUGGGCAGUCGUCUCCAUGACAACUGUAGGCUAUGGAGACAUGGUUCCAACUACCAUUGGGGGAAAGAUAGUGGGUUCUCUGUGUGCAAUUGCAGGUGUGUUAACCAUUGCCUUACCAGUCCCUGUCAUAGUGUCUAAUUUCAACUACUUCUACCACCGGGAGACAGAGGGAGAGGAGCAGGCCCAGUACUUGCAAGUGACAAGUUGUCCAAAGAUCCCGUCCUCCCCUGACCUAAAGAAAAGUAGAAGUGCCUCUACCAUAAGUAAGUCUGAUUACAUGGAGAUACAGGAGGGAGUAAACAACAGUAAUGAGGACUUUAGAGAGGAGAACUUAAAAACAGCCAACUGUACCUUGGCUAACACAAACUAUGUGAAUAUUACCAAAAUGUUAACUGAUGUCUGAUUGAAACCUAUUAAUGUACUCACAGCUCAACAGGACUAAUGCAGAUAUUGCAUAAUAGCCUGCAUUGUAGUCAGUGUUCUACAGUGUGCAUCUGGUUCUGCAUGGAAAGCAAUAGUCGUGCAAGUGACUUUUGAUCUUUUGAUUUUUGAUUUAGAACACAGAAUAUUUAUCAUGGCUUUCAUGAAAUCUUUAUCACCGACUUACAGGUUUCCAAAGAUGAGAGUCACCCAUGGAGCCAGCAUCUCAGAAAGGCACAAUGCAGCCCCCUCAUAGCCCCCACACCAUAUCAACACCACCUAUCUUCCCGCUUAAACACCUGGGAGGUGCAUUCUCCCCCACCCCACACCUACUACCCCAUUUCAGCCCAUCUGCCCCUUCACAGAGGAACACACCAUCAUGGCUUAGUUCUAACGUCCGGUGACGACUCCAAAGGUCAUCCCCACUUUCGCAUUGAGAGGAACACACAGUCCUGUGUGUUGGGACUACUUUCUGUGUCACAGGCUGGGCUUUGUGAACUGCAGUUACCAACUAGAUGCUCCUGAGGCUUAUGUUUCAUAACGGAAAAUGCUGCAUUCUGCUUUUUCUCUGCAGUGUCGGUGUGAGGGAAGCCCGGGGGUGGGGGAGGGACAGUUUAUAUGUCCAAAUCUGAGUUGUCAAGUUUCACAUUUGUUCCCUUAGGCCUAUGGGGAGAAGCUACCUAAUUUAGGGACUUCUCAGCCUCAGUUACCAUUUCGCAAGCUUCGGGGUCACAGAACAUGUUCGAUUUCCUCUUUUACUCUGGAGUUUGCAGACGUCUGCUUUCCUGAUGGUGUGGCCCAGCUCCACUGACACUGCAGUGGAGUAAACCAGUCAUGCAAUAGAGCUGCAUGGGUGUUCACUGCAUGAAUCUCAAUAUUUAAAACACAGGAGAUAACCUAUUUUCCUAGUAGCCAAUACAGUAUUCCUACUUAGAGUAUUAAUAGCCUCGGGAUGGAAUUGAACUAGGGUUUUUUCACAUCAGAAGGCAAAAAGCCCUCCAUCGGGGUAAAACAAACGGACCGUUUGGAAUGGGGAACCAAAACCUCUAGCUGGCCCUCUCAGCUCCCCUCUGUUCUUUCAGUGGGAGCACCGACCCUGCCACACCAGGAGAAUAGACAGAGAAGUCACAGUGUAAACACUCACAUGACUGAACUUUGGGAAUUAAUCUAGUCAUGGGCAUGACUACACAGCUUACCAGGGAACUGGUCCUGAGGACAGGCAGGUCUGUGGGUUCAAUGUAUAUAAAUAUAUAUCUGCUAUCUGUCUCUCUCAUGUGUUCCUCUAGCAAGCUAUAGAAAAAUUGCAUUUGAACAUUGUAUAUGCUUAUGCAAUAUUUUGACACAGGGCAAUUAAUGCAUGUGUUUGACAAUGUGCACUAGAAUAUAUAUACAUACACAAGUGCGUGUAUAUGUACAGUAUACACACACAUAUAUUCAUUCUCUGGAGUUCAGUCAGAAGCAAAUCUAUUGCUUGGUGGGUUGGUUGUGUAAGAAACCCAAUGGGUAUGGUAAACCCACUGGGCCUGGGUUUGCUGUCAUUGCCUCAGACACACUCCAGUGUUCAUGGAUUCCUAGACAUUAGAAUUGUCUUUCUGCCCUCCAUGUGCUGCAGCUUCAGUUUCACAUGGCUGAAGCUUGUCUUACUGAGUGCACAAGGGUCCUAUAGCCCUCACAGCUCCAGUUAUCCUGGGCCAGGCCCACCCAGGCUUCCUUCCUAAAAUCCACCUCAUAAAUCAUCUCCAUUAUUAUCCUCUGCCCCAUUUGAUCCUCUAUCGUUUGGUUCUACAUCCAUCAUUUUCAUGAACCUGUCCAUAGGACGGAUCCUCUGCUUUGAAACCAAGGAGUAAAACUCCCUGGGACCAGAUUCUGCUGCUCUAGAUUUAAAGGAAGCCUCCUAUUGGUGGAAAUUUCCUAAUUCCAGAACCAAGGGAUGGACUCCCUAAAUGACCUAAAACAUCAUUUUGAUUACUAAACUCAGACUCUCUCUCCCUAGCAUACUGGUAGUAAGAGCUACCCUUUAAAAAAAAAGGAUACGUAAAGAAUUAAUCCUCACCCCAAAACCAAGUAAAGAAUGGAGAGCACUGUGCAUCCUAGAGAAUGUGUUGGCCCUAAGAAGAGAGUGGGGAAAGCCUUUGCUUUCCAGCAUGGGGAGCCAUGCUGGGUUUCUUUGCCUUUUGACACAGUGGCUUAAAUUCCCCAAAUACAAAGAACUGUGGUCAGGCUGUACAGUAUUGAUUCCAGUCUAGGUCUUGCUGUUCACUAGAUGGUACCUACAGUUGUCUUGGGGGAGGGGGCACCAGCUCAGGGUGCUAGCACAGGGUGCUCAUUAGUUCCUGGUCACCCAUAUCCCCAGGUGACUGCAGGGCAUCCCAUGCCAGGCACAAAGCCUCUGUGCUUCUCUUCUUCUCCUUUGUGGGAGGUGGUGCUGAAUUUCAUGACGUGGAGUGGAAGGGACAAACUUAGGAGAAUAGAAGGUUAAAGCAAACCGUGCAUAAGGUCUAGGCCCAGGGAAGUUAGCUAUUCACAAAACCUUUGGCCUGGGAACCAUAAUAUGUCCACACCUAUGCAUGCACAUGCAUCAUAACAUAAAUGAUAGGUUAUUGUCACAUACAAAUAUAAAAUAUGCGGCAUACAUGCAAAGUGCACACAGGCCAAAAUAAUAUAAGAGGCAUACACAUAAAAGAUAGACAAAACACAUAUAUGCUGUCUAAACAUGCGUUGUGCAUACCAACAUGGAAUAUCUGCAAGAGAUGUAUUUGCCCAUGUGCAAAUACACAGCAUACAGCUCAGAUGCGAAAUACACAAAUCCAACUGGGUACAAUGCAUAUACAUUCAAAUUAUGCAAGUGAUAAUUUGUUAUUGUUUCUGCACACAAGUUCAGCAUAUAUACACAGUGCACUGAAGUACACUAGGUACAUGAAAACACAGUACCCAUGCCCAUGAAUACACGGAGAAUGUAGACACUGAAUCAUUAACCAUGCCUCUGCUUCCACCCCUAAAAAUUGAUGGAUGAAGGCAAGGGAUCAGAUUUAAUUGCUUUUCCUUGCCCAUAUCAAUAUCCCUCAGUAUUCUCCAAGGAGCCUCUUCUUUGACAUCCAACCUCAUUCCUGAGACAUAACUCCUGAGGUUUCAAGUUGGAAAGAUAUGCCACCCCAUCAAACACUGGAAUCUCAGAGCUUUCUACCCUUUUGCCUUCCUCCAAGUAGCCCUCAGAGUGCAGGGUGUGGGAACUACAAGAGCUGGCAACCUCAUAUGGGCUUCCUUGCUACCCCUUUUCUUUCUGAGGAAAUCUACACUGAGGACCCAAACUCCUCUCCAAGUGUCUGGAAUGUCCAGAUUUAUCCCUAUUGUUUUGAAGUACUGAUGGCCCAAGAAACUAUAGGAUUCUGGACUCUGAACCAGGUUGAAAUGCCCCAACUUUCUUUGAGCCAAAAGAUCUUACCCACUUUCCAAAGUACUCCUUUGUCUGGAGCCAGGUCAGAAAAUUGAUUCUCUCUAUAGACUUAGCUCUUCAAACAAGCCACCUUUUGUUGCUCCUGGCAUUUCACUCACUCUUAAGCACGGGUCCAAUGAAGUCAACUCUCAAUUUAUUCAAUCCAAACUUCUUUUCCCCUUACUUCCCAACCUGCGCUCCCAGGGAACUCUGGCUUCCCAUUCAAUUGUUGUGCCUUGACAAAAUUGCAAACCAACUUAGUUGAAGUAAAAUGUGAUGAGGUACAUUAAUCUAUGGCUGGAGGAGCAGUUAAUUUUUAGAGGGUCUGGUCUUUGUCUUCUAUUCUAACACUAAAUUUAAACACUUGGUAAGAUUACCUACCAUCACAGAGCCCAGGGGCUUCUUCUUCCUGCUAAUAGGACCAACUGGGGCCUGCGCAUUUUGGCAAAGGAUUUACCCAAAAUGGAAGUUAAAAGUUGCAUCCAGCCUUGGAUCAAGUUUCAUGGGCUUAACUCUUAUAGCCCUGAGUACCAGUAUCGUAACCCUCUCUUCAGGCCUCUAUAGAGAAGGCAACAAGAGCAGGGAAUGGACAUGUGGUCCAAAACUUGUAUACUUAACACACUGAGACUUGUGUUUCCAAAGAAAGAUAUCAAUUUCCACCCUAGCUUCCUGAGAUACCUCUGUGGCCUCAGAAAUUUUUAAAAGUUGUUUCUGCGAGAUUGGAAAGGAAAGAGUCCAGGAAAACUAGAAAAGUUGUCAGGGAGAGAAAGCAAAAGAGCUGUUGAAUUUCUGAGUAAAUUUAUCAGGAGCCAAGUUUUCAUUGAUUAAUUAAAUUUAAUUCAGGAACCCAAAUUUAAUUUAGUUAUGGCUCUAUGCCUUUCUAGAACUUCAGUGGUGUAUUAGAGUCAAGUCUUAGUGAGAAAAGUCAGCGCUUCCAAAGAUCCUCAGUCAGGGAAUUCAUUGCUAGCCAUAGUCAUGGAAAGGAGUUAGAAAUGCAUCUUCCCCAGAGAAAAACUAUAGGAAGUACAAACAGCAUGUAAAGGCCAUGAGCACAGUCCUCUGACUUGUUAACCUAGGAUAGAGGACGACCCCAGAGCUCUUCCUCAUCCAGUCUGCAUGUGGAGAAUGGGAUGGCUAAAGCCUGAGAAGGUGCUGAUGUGUAAGGUACUCCUGGUUACAUAAUAGAGGUUCCUUUUGACAAAGUGUUCAUUAUCCAGGUUCAAACUCAUGACCUUAACUCAUUAACAUCAUUAGCCACCCAGCAUGAGGUGUACGCUGGGAGCUGUCUUGGUAGUUAUAGUGACCACCAUCAUAUACCCUCUGACUUGGCCCUUGCUGAGACCAACACACACACACACACACACACACACACACACACACACACACACACACACACACACACACAGAGAGAGAGAGCAGAAAGCAGGGAAGGAGAGGUAAGGGGUCCCUUACACACUCCUCAAGCAACCUCGUCUACUUUUUCCUUCUUCCUGCUCCCUUCUCCCUAAAACUCAGCUCCAUCUCUCACAGUUUGUGUCUAACAUUUUUAAAGAGGAAAUGUGCAAUAAAAGCAAUAGUGACUGUUUUCUUUAGCAAUAGCUCUUUCAAAAUCUUGCUCUCAGGACUGAAAAGUGAUAGAUGAUUCCUACAUCAUCAGAUAAUGCCCUUGACCUCUGGACAUCUGUUCACAGUUUCUGUAGUUCUUCUUCCCACAUGGUCAUAUGAAUGAUUCCUGUCUUCUGAGGUCUGACCUCCUUCCGGAAUGAACACAUACAUAGAGGCGCAGUAUGCACUCAAGGAAGGCCCGCGAGAAGGCUUUCUUUUGUCAUUCUGUCUCUUUUCGUCAUGCACCUCUGAGUGUGUGUCUCUGUGGCCCUCUCCCACUGCCCCGUCUCUCUACCAGUUCUUUAGCAGUACCCUAGAAACUUUUAGGCACUGAAACCUCACAUCGUGACCUCAUGUCAGCCUGUCUUGUUGACUUUGUGUCUGUCUGUCAGGUGUAAUGGAAGUCUAUAAGAGAGUGCUUACCAAUAGAUAAGAAUAAAGCAUCCUGAGCCAUUACAGAAGAUCUUUUCCAUGCACUAAAAACCAUUACUUGAUUCUUUUGCAGCCCUCUCCAGGGAAAGGAAUACGAGGGAAUGUAGCCCUGAGGUGUACAGCUGGGAUCAGUUACUUGGGCAGAGUUGGGAAUUGACCUCUGACUCUCCUUCACAAUAGGCUGACUUGAUCAACCAUAGAGACUCCAUCAGAGCUUCCGAGCAGAGUGAGUCUUACGGCUUUGGGUAGGGGUGGACGGGAACAGAGGUGUGGGUGGCCAAGGAAUAUCAACAGUGAAAUAAUCCCCACCUCUCACUACAGGAUGCCCCUGUGCAAAUAUUUUCUGUAUUACCCAGGGUUUCGGAAAGGACUCCUUUCUUGAAACAUCUGGGAAGUAAGUUAUUGACCUUCAGACUGGAAUUCAGGGCAGGCUGGCCCACCCCAGGAGCCUAUUCCAUUCCUUCUCAGGCUACUUUGCUCCAUACACCCUUGCAUAGCCUAACAUUGGGAAGUCUCAAGGAGGAGAGUCCCGGAUGCUUUGCAAUCCCGGUUGUUUGAGGAGAGAUGGGAAAAUGUGUGGUUCCACCCUUGUGAUUGGAAAGUAGUAUUCCCUCUCGCCUGAGUUAAGUAAAGCAUUGGGAGAUGACACAAGACCUUGCAUGGCUCAGAGUCAACCUUCUAAACCUCAGAGCUUGGUGCAUGGAAACAGGUGAAGCAGACCAAAAAGACAGGCUCGAUGAUGCAGGCUGUAAAGUUAAUCUGGAAGUGGGCACAUCAUGGCUUAUCAGAUGCUGCUGCUCCUGUCACUUGCCACUUCCUACUAAAUGUAUAGAAAGACAGUAUAAUUCUUGUCAAUCGAGGUUUUAGUUCAUUGGUCCUGAGUUAUUAGAGGUUUUCCAUAUAUACAUAUCCCUGUGUAUAUAUGUAUAGUAUAUGUAUAUAUGUAUGCCAUUAUUUAAAAAAAAAAUCACACAAAUAGGCAUUGACCCAUCUCCUCGGUUUCACUAAUGUGGAAUACGUUCUAAGGAAUAAGCUGUAUUUACUUGAAUUUUAACAUGACCUUCUUUGCAUUAUUCUUUUCACCUCCCUAGUUCUGCUCGCUCUUCUGCUUAAGAACUUGUCUAGAAGGCAUUUAUUCAAACAAAAGAACAGGCUCAGGGUCGCCACUUUCCCUUCCCUGCCAGGUGGCUGCCUGCCUCAAGGAUCAAAGGGAAUUGAGAUCCCAGGGCCAGGUGCUUUCUUAGCCUUUAUUUUGUCUGCCUCUGGUUGGCGGUUGGCCGGUUGGCCGUAACCUAAUCUCUAAAGACUAGAAGAGUUAUGCCCAACUCUGUAGCUAGGGAAGUGGAACACUAGGAGACUUGGCUCAGUGCUGGUCUAUUUAGCUUUCUCUCAGUCAGUGUUAGAGUCCUAGGGUUGACUUUCAUGAGUUUCUGAAAUAUCCUCUGUGAAGAACGGGGCUUUGGGGCCAUUGGUAGAACUAAAUCACAUAUAGCUGAGUCUGAUCAGAGAGAGAGAGAGAGAGAGAGAGAGAGAGAGAGAGAGAGAGAGAGAGAGAACAGAGGGCCAGGCCUAGAGCAACUAAAACCCACUUGUGUCUUUGGGGAUGAGCUGUAGACUGCUGGGUGGGAUCCUAAACAUGCCCUACUUUCUAUCUUGCCUAGCAGUGUUAAACUCAUGGGGAAACACUUUUCUAGGCCUCAUCUCCUGCAUUAGACUGUGUGCACUCUACUUAGAAGUGGGUGGGAGGGAUUCCUCACUAGUAUCUGAAGCAGUUAAGGUGAUACAGGGGUGGCUGUCAUUUCCCCCUCAUUCCCACAAGCUAGACAAUCUGGUCAAGUGAGCCAUCACCCAGUAGUAGAAGCCUUUUAACCUUGACUUAGCAUGACCAGCCGCUAAGUGCUGCAGUUGAAGCAGCCUGUCUACAUGGCCACUUCUCGUCCUGCAUGAGCCUCAGCAUGGAAACUAAUCUAGCUUCCCGUGCUCCUCUUCACUCCUAAAAUAGUUAGAUAUGUUCCAGAUGAGUGUGCCGCUGAGAAGCCCUUGCAUCAUUCUCCUGACGGAUGCAUAGGGCAGGUGUGAUUACAUAAUAAUGUAGACAGCUGCUGCUACGGCUACAUAAUUAAGGCGAGUAGAGAAGUGGCUGGGUGAUGGGGCCUUAGGUAGCUACCCAGAGGACUAUAUGCUGUGUCUCUAGGUCCUUGGAAGAGGCCUCCAAGCCCUGCUUCUCCUUGAAAAUGACUCCCUAGACACGGCUGCCUUGUUUGUCUGACUGCAUAAACACUCAGGGCGACAGAGAAAGCAAAGGAGGAGCUUAGGGAAGAUAGUAUUCAGGGGCAUGCUUUGCUAGCAGACAACUACCAUAUUAGUUGUUAAUGUGACUGACUUCUGGACUUACGAAGUGUAAGACAGAGACUCUGACCUACCAGGUGAGGGUAAAAGGAGCACACGAGUUCAAGGCUAAGAACUGGAAUAGCAAAGCAAGGGGAGAGGCCUGGAUGGCUUUGGCAAGGGUGAGCCUCAGCUCCUGAGCGUUUGAACAUGCUCCGUGCUUGCCCCAGUUCUGCCUUCACGUGGGAGCCAGCGACCCAAUUUCCUUUUGUUGUCGUGCUUGGAUGGUUUCUUCAUUUGAAGGGCUCCAGGAAGCUGGAAAGUCCCAUGAUUGAGCUCUAGCCUGCUGAGCAAACAAUGCCCCAGCCAAAUUGGCCUCUUCCUGGGUUUCUGCAUCCAUGUGCCCCUCUCGCCACUGAGGGUAAUCUUGGAACAGCCAGGAUGAAUGGUGCCAGCAAGCAAGGAGGAUUCUCUCGUUUCCAUUACAGACAGAGCUGUAAAGCUCAUAAGUGAAGGCUGUUGUGUGCUUAUGUGCUUAUUAUAUAGGCUGGAGAACAUAUCUAUAUAUAAUAUAUCAUAUAUAUUAUAUAAGUGUGUGUAUAAAUAUAUGUGUAUGUAUGUAUAUUUAUAUGCACAAUGCCGAAAUAGCCGCUCACUUAGGCUCAUGCAGCACAGACUAAUUAGGGUUCCACUGGCUUCUUUGCUGUUCAUGCAUGACUCUGCAGCUGCCUUCCCAUGUCCUGACUCUAAAAAAAAAAAAAAAAUCACUGAAAACUCAGAGAGGAGAGGAAGAUAAAUAAGCCUUUUUGAGAUCAAUAGGAAAAAAGGAACUCCAAGGCUGAUAGCAAAGCUUCCUAAGGAUGAUGCUGAAAGGGAACUUGGGUCUCCAUGGUGAUAAGAGACAGGGAACCAAUGAGAGCUGAAGGCGGAGCAGGACUUGUGUGGAGGACUCAUGGGAGUUGGGAGUCAUUUAACUAUUUGUUUGCUUCAUGAGAAUUUAGAUACCAGCUGUAACUGCAUUGCACAGGGUGUACAGAUGUUUUCAUUCUUGCUGACAUAUUCUGGAAGCUUUCGGCCCCACCAACACUGCCCCACCCAGGACUUCUGCAGCUGAGAGUUCCUGUGUCAGUAGGGUCUGAUAUAUGUACAUAGAUUAUACAUAUAUGUGUACAUAUGUGCCUCAAUGAACAUUGCCUGUUCACCUUAUCAUGGGUGUACAUAGACUUCAUAGAGCCCCACAGUCUUUUGUAAAUAUUGACACAAGUAAAUAAGUAUAUAAAUAUAUAUUACUGAGGAUUUAUUUUAACAUUAUUCUGUGUGAAAUGACAAAAAUAAAAUUUUUGACAGACAA